GUAGUGGUACUUCCGCACAUGCGCGUAAUUCUUCUUAUUUGGACCCGAGAGCAUCGUUUAUCGUUGCAUGGUCCGUCCGUGAUUAUUAUUUAAAAAUCAAAGAAAAUGGGAUUCGUAAAAGUAGUAAAGAAUAAACAAUACUUCAAGCGAUUCCAAGUAAAAUUCAAGAGGCGUCGUGAAGGUAAAACUGACUACUAUGCUAGAAAACGCCUAAUUGUUCAAGAUAAGAACAAAUACAACACCCCUAAGUAUCGUUUGAUUGUUAGACUUUCAAACAAGGAUAUCACCUGCCAAAUCGCGUACUCCCGCAUUGAGGGCGAUAAAAUCGUUUGCGCUGCAUAUUCCCAUGAAUUACCCAGAUAUGGAAUUAAAGUUGGUCUCACCAAUUACGCUGCAGCUUAUUGCACUGGUUUAUUACUUGCUCGCCGUUUAUUAAAACAAAUUGGUUUGGAUACUUUGUAUGAAGGUACCACCGAGGUUAAUGGAGAAGAAUUUAAUGUAGAAAAUGUUGAUGAUGGACCAGGUGCUUUUAGAUGUUAUCUGGAUGUUGGUCUGCAAAGAACAACCACUGGAGCUAGAGUUUUUGCAGCAAUGAAAGGAGCUGUUGAUGGUGGUUUGAACAUCCCUCAUUCAUUAAAACGUUUUCCUGGAUAUGACGCCGAAAGCAAAUCAUUUAAUGCAGAAGUCCAUCGUGGCCACAUCAUGGGUCAACAUGUUGCUGAUUACAUGAGAAGUCUUAGCGAAGAAGAUCCUGAGGGUUUUAAAAGACAAUUCAGCCAAUACAUCAAGUUGGGAAUAAAUGCCGAUCAGAUUGAAGGGAUUUACAAAAACGCGCAUGCAGCGAUCAGGGCAGAUCCUUCGCAUGAGAAGAAGGUUAGGGCACCACCAGCCAAGAAGAAGAGGUGGAAUAGGGCUAAGUUGACCCUUGCUGAACGCAAGAACCGUGUUGCGCAAAAGAAGGAGUCACAUUUGAAGAAACUCCAAGAGGCGGAGCCUUGAAAAAAUGUUAUAUUGUAAAGUUCUUUUUUAUUGUGGGAUUAUAAAAUGUAUGACGCAAUAA